AUGGAGGGUGGUGGUAGUUUUAGGAUUGGAAGUUCAUCCAUUUGGAGAAACAGUGACGUGGAGAUAUUCUCAAACUCAUUCCACCAAGAGGAUGAUGAAGAGGCUCUCAAAUGGGCUUCCAUUCAGAAACUUCCCACUGUUGCACGUUUGAGAAAGGCUUUGAUCACUUCUGAAGGAGAAGUCAAUGAGAUCGAUGUACAGAAACUUGGGUUGCAAGAAAAGAGAGCUUUACUUGAAAGACUUGUGAGAACUGCUGAAGAGGAUAAUGAGAAGUUUUUGCUCAAGCUCAGGGACAGAAUUGAUAGAGUUGGAAUUAAUCUUCCUACUAUAGAGGUUCGGUUUGAGAACUUGAACAUUGAAGCAGAAGCUCAUGUGGGAACUAGAGCUUUGCCUACCUUCUCUAACUUUAUGGUUAAUAUAGUGGAGGGCCUGUUGAACUCUCUUCAUGUACUUCCAAGUCGAAAACAACAUAUAAAUAUUCUCCAGGAUGUUAGUGGAAUAAUAAAGCCUGGCAGAAUGACAUUGCUUUUAGGCCCUCCAAGUUCCGGGAAAACCACACUCUUGUUGGCCUUGUCUGGAAAACUUGAUCCAAAAUUAAAGUUCUCUGGAAAUGUAACUUAUAAUGGUCACGGGAUGAAUGAGUUUGUACCUCAAAGAACUGCUUCUUAUGUCAAUCAAAAUGAUCUUCAUAUUGGAGAAAUGACUGUUAGAGAAACCUUGGCCUUCUCAGCAAGAGUUCAAGGAGUUGGACCUCGUUAUGACUUGUUAGCGGAGUUGUCCAGAAGAGAAAAAGAGGAAAAUAUCAAGCCUGAUCCAGACAUUGAUGCCUACAUGAAGGCCAUAGCAUCUGAAGGCCAGAAGGCAAAUUUAAUAACAGAUUAUGUCCUAAGGAUUUUGGGGCUAGAGGUUUGUGCUGAUACCGUCGUAGGAAAUGCAAUGUUAAGAGGUAUCUCUGGUGGACAAAGGAAACGUGUUACAACAGGGGAGAUGUUGGUUGGACCAGCUAAAGCUCUUUUCAUGGAUGAAAUAUCCACUGGUUUGGACAGCUCAACAACUUUUCAAAUUGUGAAUUCACUCAAGCAAUAUGUCCACAUUCUCAAAGGAACCACAGUCAUCUCACUCCUGCAGCCAGCUCCAGAGACUUACAAUCUUUUUGAUGACAUUAUUCUACUCUCUGAUAGUCACAUUGUGUAUCAGGGUCCCCGCGAACAUGUGCUUGAAUUUUUUGAAUCAAUGGGAUUUAAAUGUCCUGAGAGGAAAGGUGUGGCAGAUUUUUUGCAAGAAGUGACAUCAAGGAAAGAUCAGGAGCAGUACUGGGCACACAAAGAUCAGCCUUAUAGAUUUGUCACAGCCAAAGAGUUCUCAGAGGCGCAUAAGUCAUUUCAUGUUGGGAGAAGUCUUGGUCAAGAACUUGCUACCAAAUUUGACAAAUCUAAGAGUCACCCAGCUGCAUUGACAACCAAAAAGUAUGGAGUGGGAAAAUGGGAGCUGUUAAAAGCUUGCUUAUCAAGAGAAUAUUUACUUAUGAAGCGCAAUUCAUUUGUCUACACCUUCAAGCUUUGCCAACUUGCUGUAUUGGCAAUUAUUGCCAUGACCAUUUUCCUCCGGACUGAGAUGCACAGAGAUUCAGUGACUCAUGGAGGUAUAUAUGUGGGUGCAUUGUUCUAUGGAGUUGUUGUGACUAUGUUCAAUGGAUUGGCUGAACUUUCCAUGGUUGUUUCAAGGCUUCCUGUUUUCUACAAGCAAAGGGAUUAUCUCUUCUUCCCUUCAUGGGUAUAUGCUCUUCCUGCAUGGAUCCUAAAAAUCCCCAUGACUUUUGUGGAAGUAGGUGUUUGGGUAUUCCUCACCUACUAUGUCAUUGGUUUUGAUCCUUAUGUUGGAAGAUUGUUUAGGCAAUACCUUAUUCUUGCACUAGUUAAUCAAAUGGCUUCAGCAUUGUUCCGAUUAAUUGCAGCAAUUGGGAGGGAAAUGACAGUGGCUCUAACACUUGGGUCGUUUACACUGGCAAUCCUUUUUGCUAUGAGUGGCUUUGUCCUAUCAAAAGACAACAUAAAAAAAUGGUGGCUAUGGGGCUUCUGGAUAUCACCUAUGAUGUAUGGACAAAAUGCUAUGGUAAAUAAUGAGUUCCUUGGGAACAGAUGGAGACAUUUUCUACCUAACUCAACCGAGCCACUAGGAGUUGAAGUUUUGAAAUCCCGGGGAUUCUUCACUCAGUCAUACUGGUACUGGAUAGGUGUUGGGGCUUUGGUUGGUUAUACAUUGCUUUUCAACUUUGGCUACAUCCUUGCUCUCACAUACUUAAAUCCAUUUGGGAAAGAUCGAGCUGUUAUAUCAGAGGAAACUCAAAGCAAUGAGCAGAAUGGUGGCAGUAAAAAGGGAACUAACGUGUUGAAGAACAUAAAAUAUAGCCUUUCUCAGAACUCAAAUAGAGUGGGAAAUGGCGAAAGUAUAAGUGGAAGCACCUCUCCCCGCACUUUAGACGCAAAUCAUAACAGGAAAAGAGGAAUGGUUCUUCCUUUUGAACCUCAUUCCAUCACGUUUGAUGAUGUAACAUAUUCUGUCGACAUGCCAGUGGAAAUGAGGAAUAGAGGUGUUGUUGAAGAUAAAUUGGUUCUUCUGAAGGGUGUCAGUGGAGCUUUCAGGCCAGGUGUUCUCACUGCUUUGAUGGGUGUCACUGGUGCUGGAAAAACAACUCUAAUGGAUGUACUUGCUGGUAGAAAAACCGGGGGAUAUAUUGGGGGGAAUAUCACAAUCUCUGGAUAUCCAAAGAAGCAAGAAACAUUUGCACGGAUUUCUGGAUACUGUGAGCAAAAUGAUAUCCACUCUCCUCAUGUUACUGUAUAUGAAUCCUUGCUUUAUUCAGCAUGGCUUCGUUUGUCCCCAGAAAUCAAUGCUGAAACCAGGAAGAUGUUCAUUGAGGAAGUUAUGGAACUUGUGGAACUAAAACCACUAAGGCACGCAUUAGUUGGAUUGCCUGGUCUUAACGGUCUCUCAACAGAGCAACGCAAAAGGUUGACCAUUGCUGUUGAGCUAGUGGCAAAUCCUUCUAUAAUAUUCAUGGAUGAGCCAACUUCUGGGCUUGAUGCAAGAGCUGCUGCUAUUGUGAUGAGAACAGUUAGGAACACAGUAGACACCGGAAGAACCGUUGUCUGUACCAUCCAUCAGCCAAGCAUAGAUAUAUUUGAAUCUUUCGAUGAGCUUUUGCUAAUGAAGCAAGGAGGGCAAGAAAUAUAUGUGGGGCCACUAGGACAUCAUUCUUCCCAGUUAAUUAGUUACUUUGAGGGAAUCCAAGGUGUCAAUAACAUUAAAGAUGGCUACAAUCCGGCAACAUGGAUGUUGGAAGUCUCAACAUCAGCAAAAGAGAUGGAAUUGGGGAUUGAUUUUGCUGAGGUGUACAAAAAUUCAGAGUUAUACAGGGCAAACAAAGCACUUAUUAAAGAAUUGAGUACUCCAGCUCCCGGUUCCAGAGACCUUUAUUUUCCUUCACAGUACUCAACCUCUUUCCUCACUCAAUGCAUGGCAUGCUUAUGGAAACAACAUUGGUCUUACUGGCGCAAUCCUCUAUACACUGCCAUAAGAUUUCUUUACUCAACCUCUGUAGCUGUUGUUCUUGGUAGCAUGUUUUGGGACCUUGGCUCUAAAAUUGAUAAGCAACAAGAUCUUUUCAAUGCCAUGGGCUCCAUGUAUGCUGCUGUUCUCCUUAUUGGCGUUAAGAAUGCUAAUGCUGUGCAGCCAGUGGUUGCUGUUGAACGAACAGUCUUUUAUAGGGAAAAAGCUGCUGGAAUGUAUUCAGCUUUGCCAUAUGCUUUUGCUCAGGUUGUAAUUGAGCUCCCAUAUGUUCUAGUACAAGCUGUGGUAUAUGGCAUUAUAAUUUAUGCCAUGAUUGGUUUUGAGUGGACUGUGACUAAAGUUUUCUGGUACCUAUUCUUCAUGUACUUCUCCUUCCUGACCUUCACCUACUAUGGCAUGAUGUCAGUGGCAGCGACACCAAACCAACACAUUUCUUCUAUAGUUUCCUCUGCAUUCUUUGCAGUAUGGAAUCUCUUCUCAGGAUUCAUAGUUCCACGACCAAGGAUACCAGUGUGGUGGAGAUGGUACACUUGGGCAAAUCCAGUAGCUUGGAGUUUGUAUGGAUUAGUGGCUUCACAAUAUGGAGAUAUAAAGAAAAGCAUUGAAUCCACUGACGGGAGUACAACAGUGGAAGGUUUUGUAAGAAGUUACUUUGGUUUCAAGCAUGAUUUCCUGGGAGUGGUUGCAGCUGUAACUGUUGCAUUUCCAGUAGUUUUUGCAUUGGUCUUUGCCAUAUCAGUUAAGAUGUUUAAUUUCCAACGGCGUUAAGAACACAUUCGAGUAUUUUGCACAGGAAGCUCUAUGUAACAUUUUGUAAAAAAAUAUCCACAUAGUUUUCUGUAUUCUUUUAUUUACCAAUUAAAUGUAUCAUAGUCGUAAUCCACUAGAGCUCAUCAUAGGUUUAAACUUGUUUCCACUAUUGUACACAGAAAAGAGUGUACCGUAGUCAAUAAUAUAUGUAACACUUGAUAUAUU